UUGCUUACUCUUUCUGCAGCACGUCGAAAGUAUCGCAGUCGCGUUUUCCACACACGAAUUUUUUAAGGCUAAAUUUGUGCAAAGAUUUCAUUAAGUUAACGUUAAGUGAUUAAUUUAAAAAUAUAGAAUUUAUAAAAUUUAGAAUUUUGUGAAUUUUUUGCAAGUAAGCUGAUAAAAAUCGGGGUCGGGUAAGUGGGUAAAAAAUUGGCUGGAAAAAACGUAUUUUUCGGUGUGUGGUGUGUGUGCGGGUAGAAAAAAAACGCGCUGCUGUGGUGGGGAAUUCGAACUGCCGCUGCUGCUGCUCUCGCCAUUUUGAGUCGAAUAAAAUUUUUCUGCCUCCAAUACGACAAAAAGGCAUUCACUGAAAAGGAGAUUCUGAAAAUAGAAGUCUGUAUAUUGCGGUCUUCCAAUAUUUGGAGACAUUUAAAUAAGUGGAAAGCGCCAAAAAGGCGAGUUUGAGGCGGGAAGAUAUCGAUAAUAAACAAUAAGCAGUCAGAAGAACUUAAAGCCACUACAGGAGCUCAAAGGUAAACCAUAGGAGACGGCAAUAAUAUCCUUUGAGCAUUGGGGCGUGAUUACACGCAAAUUUUUAUAGUCUGUAGUCUUGGCUUUUUACGGUGCGUAGGUGUCUGGACGGUGGAGUAGAAAUUGAACUGAUAAAAAAGCAAAAGACGAAGGAAAGACAACGAUAAAACGAUACGAAAAUGGCGCAUUCAACAGCGACUAUAGUCACAGCAACAACUUCAGCCGCUGCCGCAUCGGCGACAAGUGAAAUCAACUGUAUAAUCCAGGAUGUAAAUGGCAAGCUUGUCAAGAUACUGAGUCCAAAGGAUAUAAAGCAGGAAACACUCGGCAACGCAAGUGGCAGUUCCCGUAACUCCAGCGCGGGCUCACACACACAGGUGGCUACUUCAAGUCAACAACAGUAUUUGAGCCGAUAUAAUUUACAAAGUGGCGAUAGUAAUAACACAUAUACCGUUAUAUCAACUCAAAGCAGUGGCGGCAAACAUCAGCCGACAUUCACAGCGAUUAAGUACGAAACGCCCGACACGGUCACCAUCAAAACGGAGGAGCGUUAUACAAAAUAUACACCAAAUACUAAUAUAAAAAUGAAAUCAAAACUACACAGUACUAGUAGCCCACAUUCUAAUUCGGCACGAAGGCAACGCAAGCCUGAAAAAGCGGGUAAAGGGUUGCGACAUUUUGCUCUUAAGGUUUGUGAAAAAGUCAAGGAAAAGGGUGUUACAACAUAUAAUGAAGUGGCCGAUGAAUUGGUUGCCGAGGAACUACAUAUGAAUUCCAUAGAUUCAGCAAACUGUGAUCAAAAGAAUAUACGUCGGCGUGUUUAUGAUGCGCUCAACGUUCUUAUGGCCAUGGAAAUAAUAUCAAAAGACAAAAAGGAGAUACGUUGGAUAGGCUUGCCAUCAAACUCAGCUGAGCAAUGUUCUGAGCUGGAAAGACAAAAUGAAGAGUGUCGCCAACGCAUACAACAGAAACAUCAACAAUUAAAUGAGCUGUUGCUGCACCAAGUCGCUUUCAAGAGCUUAAUCGAACGCAAAGAAGCAGAACGGCAAGGCAACGUGCCAACACCCAAUUCAUCCAUACAGCUACCCUUUAUCAUAGUUAAUACGCACAAAUCAACAAAAAUUAAUUGCAGCGUUACGAAUGACAAAUCCGAGUACAUUUUCAAAUUUGAUGAUCAAUUCGAGAUGCACGAUGACGCCCAAGUACUGAAACGCAUGGGAUUACUUGGAGGUUUGGACAAGGGCGAGUGCUCACACGAAGACAUCGAACGAGCAAAGAAUUUGGUACCACCGAAUUUCGAGAAGUACAUAGAAGCUUAUGGCAAUGGCAAAGGUUUGGCAUGUGACUCGGAUGACGAUACCAUGAGCGGCUAUGCUGAACUUACGAAUGAGUCGUCAUCACAUGGUUAUUCUCGCGGUAAUGGUCGUGGUUGUGCUAAAACUGGUGAUGAUGAUGAUGACGAUGAAGAUUUUAAUAGCGAUAUUGAUUGAGGCGAAUUCAUGGUUGCGUACAAUAACAGCAACAAUACAUACAACUACAAAAUAAACAGCUGCAACAGCAACAAUAACAAUAAUCUAUGUUUAUAUAACAAAACCUCAACAAACGAAGGAUUUUCUGUGGGCGGUGUUGGCCCAAUUUCCGAAAUAGACCAACAAGCGUUACCACCAGCUCAGCUCAACCGCUUAACUACUACAUCCAAUGGUGUAAGCACAACGAUCACCGAAGCCAGCAGUCAUUCAACAGAGGACUCCUUCAGUUUCUCAUUCAUUUCGGCCUUAUUAGGUUUGCAUUAAAACGGGAGCAAAGUGUCGAAAAAGAACUUAGUUACACUAAAAAUUAUUUAGAUGUCAAAUUGUUUAUUAAUUUGAGCGAUGACAGCGGCUGUAUAUUACGACUAACGUAGCUUGAAUGUACUUGUGUGUUGCCGUACUCUGCUAAGGAAUGUAAGGCAAAGCCUUUUAACCAUUUAAUAGACUUUUGCUUUUCAAUAUUAUUAUUUAAAUUUCUCCACUGUGGAGAAUUUGUUAGGCUUAAUUCAGUUUUUUGUUUUUGCAUUUCAAUUUGCAAAUUUGUAAUGAAUUUUUAACGUGCAUAAGACUUUUUCAGAAAAGGGGUGUGAUUUAAAAUGUGAUGAUUUGUGAAAGUUGUGCAUGAAUUCGAUUAUAUAAAUAUAAAAAAAUUAUAUUCAAAAUGUUUAGUAAAAUAGCAAAUUAAAUAUUUUAGCUUUUAUGCAAUAAAAAAUAAUAUUUUUUUAUUUGUUACUUUUUCAA